UUUAUAAAUCAUCCUAAAAUACGUGAAAAGCUUCUUGGGACACAUAAAAGGGAGUAUGCUUUCCUCAUUUUUUUCUCAUUUUUUUUGUACAACAAUUAAAGUUGGUUUAAUUUGCUGAAAGUUUAAUAAGAUGACUACUCAUUUUGCAACAGGUAGGUUCUAUCUUCAACUCCUUCAAAAUGGCAAUUUGGUGCUGGGAACCAAAACAGUUCCCACCAAUGUAGACUACAAUGCUGUAUACUAUACUAGCCAGGCAAAGUCUGUAUACAAACUGAUAUUCACAGACAAGGGCUCACUCUCCCUACUAAAAACAGACAACACAACAGAAACUCUUAUUUCACUUUCUGACUCCAUAGUCAAGGAAAACUACCUAAGACUAACUCUUAACUUUGAUGGGGUCCUGGCUCUUUACAAGUACCCUAUGGCUUCUUCUGGGGGUAACCAAAAAUGGAUUCCUCAAUGGACUCAGCCAGACAACAUCUGCACCAACAUAACUGGAGAAAAGGGCAGUGGGGCUUGUGGGUAUAACAAUGUCUGCUCACUUGGCUCUGACAAGAGACCCUCUUGUAAGUGCCCACAAAGUUAUUCAUUGGUUGAUCCAAGGGAUGUGUAUGGCAGCUGCAAACCCGACUUUGUUCCGACUUGUGGUGGGGGUUCUUCCUCCAAUGUUAGUUUUGUUGAGGUAAAGGACACAGAUUGGCCCUUAUCUGACUUUGAGCAGAUUAACCCUUCUGAUAUGGAUGAAUGCAGAAGGGCCUGUUUGGAAGACUGUUUCUGUGCUGUUGCCAUUUUCAGAAGCAACAGCUGCUGGAAGAAGAAGUUGCCAUUGUCAAAUGGGCGUGUAGACAAAAGUCUGGGGGCAACGGCUUUCCUUAAAGUACACCAUUAAGUAAAGGCCUCUAAGAUGAUGCUCAUCCAUCAUCCAAUUCUAUGUUUAAUUGGUGAGACUUGAGAGUAUAGGAUGCAGAAAUGCAUUGCAUCCCAUGCAUGAAGCAAUCAUUAGAGGCAUAUAAUUAAGGUAAUAAUUCUAAGAGCUUGUAUCAACAAACUAUUAUCAUAUGGAGUAAUGAAGUAUUGAUAGAAUAUAAUAAUGUGCUCAAGCUUGAAAUAAUGUUAUGGGAGACAUGUGAAACUCAAGUGAGUUUAAUAAGUAUGGCUCGCUCCUUUCAUUUCUAUACACUAGUAUAUCACCCGUGCGAUGCACGGUUUAUAAUUAUUUUGCUAAAUUAAUUGCUGGAAAUAAUUGAAUGGGCCUAAUUGUUACAUAAAAACUUGUAUAAUGUAGCAAGAAUGAUAUAUCCUCAAGAGAUAUGUAAGAUAUAUGAUAAAUAUAUAUUAACAUAGUUGGGCACAUAUUAUAUCACUACAUCAAAAAGAGGAUUAAGCAUUUGUAAAAUGUUGGGAAAUACUAAAGAAAUUAAUAAAGAUAAUAACAUUACAUAAAUGACUAUAAUAUAACCCUACACAUUGUUGAACACUUCCUUGAAAACAACAUUUUGAGUCAUAUCUGACUAUCUGUGGUGCCUCCAUCCGGCCUCAUCACAAAUUAAAAUUUUCAGACCCCGACGAUUGGUAACCCUUGAAACCGCAACAUACAAUUGGCCGUGGGUAAAGACUGGUUUUUUUAUAACAAUCCUACACGUGACAAUGAUUGACCUUGACUUUUAUUCAUAGUCAUAGCAUAUGACGUCAUAAUAGGAUACUGGUGUACCCCGACGAUUUGGUACGCCAGACAAGUUGAUGCUAUUCAGGAAUUCUAAUUCUGGUGUAUGUAUACAAUUCGGUCAUCAAAUCGGUUGUGCAAUCUACUUUUGAAACGCUGUCUGAACUACGAUAGGUUCUCGAAAUCUCACCAACAUUGAGUGAUGUCAUGUAGUCAUUGGUGACCUCAACAACAGCUAGUGUGGGUGCCAACAUUGCAUGGUCACGCAAACAACUUAUAUUUUUUGUUGAUUCAACAUACUCUGGGAAGAUGCUCUGAACAAUUACAGCAAUAAGAUCUUUAUCUGUGCGUUUUAACAGAUCUUCAUGAAUAGAGAUCUUCAGGAAUGAAGAUAUUAGCAUGACCAUCAUUACUAUCACCCGUGCGUUGCAGGUCAUAUAAUUUUUUGUUAUAAAUUUUAUGUUUAUGUAUGUAAACAAAAAAGGAUAAAUUUUACAAUUAAAAAGGUAUUAUAUAUUAGUUUGUAAUUUAUAAUAGUAUAAAGAAAAAAUAAUAAAUAAUUAUGACUCAUAUAAGGCCAUUGUAGUACAUUAUAUUAUGAGCCUGUUUGGUAAUAUGAAAAUUGGACAGCCACCCUGUUUAUAACGUUCUUCCAAAAAAUCCAUUAAUAUCACUUUUCUAAAAAUCCAUAAAUAUCGUUUUUCUAAAAACGUCUAGAACCGAAUGGAUAUUGGAUUAAAUGUCCUUCAAAAGUUCCUAAUUUUCUUUCAAGAACUGAAUGAACUCACCCCUACAUUUUUCUUCAUAAGAUGAUAUGGCAAAAAAUCACUUUUUAGAACUAUUCACACUGUUUUCUUUGAUUACAUUUUAUUAAUUAAUGUAUUGAUGAAUUAUUCAAAAAUAUAUUUUCUAAAUUUGUAUUAUUCUAAUUUUUCAAAAUUUGUUUUUUAAUAGUUUUUACUAAUAGAGAAUUAUAUAUUCAAAUGGUUAAAGCUACGCAUCGACGAACGUGCAAAGUGAACCGUUGCGCUUAUUUAAGAACAAAUGAAGUAUAACCUAAAUUAACCCAUUUUUUUACGGCCCAAACCUAUUUACACUAUAAGCUACACUCCAGUCUUAUCUAAAAAAUAAUUUGAAAGUAUACACUAUUAUACAUUUUUUUUUAAAUUUAUCCUUCAUUCUAUCAUAUUAUUUCAUUAUUUUUCAUCAUAUGCUCAAUAAUUUAUAUCUCUGCCUUUAUUCAUCAUCCCACUCACUUUAAAAGUUAAUGGAUCUUUGUGUUAUGGAGCUUGUAUAAGGUUGAAGUGUUGAACCAUGGGCUUGUUAUUUUAAAAAGAAAGUGAUAUUCCCUUCUCUCCCAUUGGACUUAACCAACUUUCAUUUAUUAUUUGUCCGAAACAAUUUUGACACUUCCUUUUAAAGUCAUGAAUUUAUGGCUCUAUUUCUUUUUCAUCUCUAUAAAUCUUAAUCACGCAAUUUUUAUUAUUUUAAUUUCACAACUAACAUUAACUUAAAAAGUUUAGUGAGGCAGAAUUAGUAUUUUUUUUACUCCGUAGUAAAUAAAAAAAGAAAAGUUAAUGAAUUACGGGGUUAGGAGUACAUUUUAAAGUGAUUGAUUUAUGUGGAAUUUCCAGAACCAAGGGAAGGAGCACCUACAUUUUAAAAUGGUAGAUUUAUCUGGAAUUUCCGCAACCUACUUUGCUUCUAAUUAGCCUUUUACCAAAAAACCCCACCAACUUCAAUUUUCACACCCCGUCUGUACUCAUCUCUUCUCCCUAAUUUCCCAUCACCGUCCAUUUUUUUCUCCCUUCACAUCCUUACCAAUUCCCAAACUUGUACUCAGAUUUUACAAACUCGGACCUUCUUGCCACAUGCAAAGUAAUUUUCUCCCAAUUUCAUAUUGGGAUCAAAGUUUGAGGUUAAGAAGUGUCCAGACAGAUUUGCACAAUCCAAGAGGAUCUAGACUACAAAUAAUUAGCAUGGCGGACUGUAAAUAGCUGUCUAUGUAUCUGCAGAAACACCCAUUAAUUAAUAGCUGGCUUAUCUUCCUCUAUGCACAGGUAUCCAUAACUUUUAUUCUUUGUUGUUGUGUCGAGAAACAUCUUUACUUUGCUAGCCAACAUAUUCAUAGUGUUUAACUUGAAAGGAUUUGAGGCCAUGCAAUUUACUCCGUAAUUUAAAAAAAAAUGCUAUUUCCAAAUUCUUUUAUUAGUCAUCUAUCCGUUUCUUUAAAUUUGUUCUUAAUAAUUUUUUUUAUGAAUCUUCUAUCUCUUAAAAAUCUUUAAUGGUGUUUAAAAAUCUUCUUUUUCAUAAACUUACGGGUACUUGUGUGUUAAAACUUUACACAUACAUAUGAGGAGUAUAUGACAAACAUGUAACCACUUCAUUGGCAUGUCUAUGACGUGCAACUCUGGGAUUUCAACCUCGAACGCUGCAGUCUUCUUGAAGAAACGUAGUCUGUACGCACUUGUAGUUGUUUUGAAGUACAUGCGAUUUUCCUCGACCAUAAAAUUCUCCACAGCAAAUAUCCGACUUUUCCUAAAUCCUAAACAUGUUAAAGAAUUUGCCCAUGGAUUUUUGACCCGCCCUAUUGUUUUCAAAAUCAGGGAGUCAAGUAUAAUGAAAUUAAAUUAUAAGAGAAGGAAACAAAGACGAAACACAGUUCAUGACUACCUCCUCAUCGUGAAAUAUAACCUCCGCCCAGGUUGUCCUGCUUUAGAGAUUUUUUUUUAUUGCUAUGCGGUAUUACAGCGGAACUUGAGAACGAUACAAAAAAAAUGAAUCUGGAGCUGUGCUUUUAUACUGCAACAUGUAGGUGCGGUUUGCCAAAAACAGCAUGCCCCAUACGUCGUUACUGUUUGCCCGCCCCUUUCUUCCAAUAGAAAGCCGGCCAGCAAACAUCAGAUCAAAAAUUUUAUACACAGUAGCCACCACAAUAUUAACCAAUAGGAACCCUCAAUUCUUUUGGUUACUAUGCCCACCUCAAUCCUCAGCCAAUAGGAUUGGCGUUCCCAGAAAAAAUCAAGUGGCACCCGAACCCAUAACUUGCAAUACAUUCCCUGGAUUUAUUAUCCCUUAAAGGAAUUAAAAAAUGAACACAUGAAGUUGACGGUUCUGGGCGGGAAGAUUGUGCAUCGAAAUUCUUUUCCUUUUAGAUAAGAAUAGAUUUUUACGAAGUACUUUGUAUUUAU